GUCGCCUUGGAGUCUCGGGAGGACAGUAACCAAACCCUGGUGGAAAUCCGCUGCAACUCAGAGAAAGCUCCCUGACGUCAGACCAGGGAGUCAGUCCCUUGUCUCAACUUCCUCAUCUUUAACACUUCCUGUACUUGUCGGGUAACCCACCGAAAAGAAUUUAACAGUCGAGCGGAGGAGGCUGAAGUGCAUGUAUUUUGACUGGUGAGAAUGGAUACUAACAAUGAGAUCCGUCUUCUGAUUGAAGAGAUUCGUCGCCUUGGAUCUCCAGGACCAGAUGGUAAAAUCAGGGUGAAGUUUGGAGUGCUGUUCAACGAUGAUAGAUGUGCCAAUCUUUUCGAGGCUCUGGUGGGAACUCUGAAAGCAGCGAAAAAGAAGAAAAUUGUCAGCUUCACUGAAGAACUGCUACUACAAGGGGUUCAUGACAAUGUUGAAAUUGUUUUAGUAGAGGACUGAUGACAGGAACAAAGACAAUAUUGCCGAUGUUUCGAGCCUUUGGGCGAAGAUGGUGAUACCAUUGUAACCAGUGCUCUGGAAACACACAAUAGAUUUUUUUAUAUAUGCCAUUUGUAGUAAGAUUGACAUUUUGGAUUUCUAAUUGUAAUUGGAUUGUUUGAAAUGUAGAAACCAUGCAAUAAAGUAAAACAUCUAUCCAUG